AUGGAGGUUCCAGCUCUUAAUCCUGGUGCCGGGCGCAUGCGCUUAGCACCAGACCUGGCAUCUUGUAACACCCUCAGCGCUAUUACUGGUGAUGCCACAAAUACUCUGGGCAAGCUGAGGGAUGUAGAGAAGAUAGGGCAACUCAGAGUGAAAACACUCCCUUCCCUUCCCUGUCCAAGGUCAUCAAGUCCUGAAGACAGAGAACUAGGGGUCAGGCAGCCCAUGGCCAGAGAGGUCUUCCAAUCAUGCCUCAGCCAGUGCAAGAUCCUGGAGCUCUCAAAGGACACCAGGGCCCUGAAGGAGGCCUUUGAGGCGGGGGACCUGCCAGCAGUCGCCGCCAAGUUACAAUCUACACUUCAUUCUCUGGAGAACGUCCGGUUGGACAUCGGUGUCACUGGGGGGAUGGGCUCAGGCAAGUCCACCUUCGUCAACGCCAUCCGGGGGCUGGGGGACGAGGACCCCAAUUCAGCCCGCACGGGCGUGGUGGAAAUGACCGUGGACCCCACACCGUACCCACAUCCCAAGUACCCCAAUGUCGUCUUCUGGGACCUGCCGGGUGUUGGCACCCCCGCCUUCCGGGCUGACAAAUACUUCCAGCGGGUACAGCUCUUCCGGUAUGACUUCUUCCUCAUCAUUACCUCGGAGAGCUUCACCACCAACCUCACCGAGCUGGCUUGCGAGAUCCUGCGAUGGGGCAAGCGCUUCUACUACAUUCGCUCCAAGGUGGACGUGGACAUCGCAGCCUCCCGCAGCCGCCGCCCCAGCUCCUUCUCGGAGGAGAGGGUGCUCAACCAGAUCCGGGACGACUGUGUGCAGCGGCUGGAGGCACAGGGACUCAGGGACCCCGAGGUCUUCCUGCUGUCCAUGUUCGACCUGGGCAAGUAUGACUUCCGCCUGCUGGAGGAGUCGAUGGUGAGGGACCUUGAGAGUCAAAAGCGGCAUGCGUUCCUGGUGGCCCUGCCCAACGUCUCCAAGCCCACACUGGAGCGGAAGGCGGCCUCGCUGAGGCAGCACAUCUGGCUGGUGGCCACGGUGGCCUGCGGGGCCAACCCAAGGCCCGUGCCAGGCCUGCCGGAGGUGGCGUGUGACCUAUACACGCUCACCCGGGCCCUGGAGGGUUACCGCCACAGCUUCGGCCUGGACGGGGGAUCCCUGGUCAGGCUGGCGGAGCAGACGGGCCAGCCCUUGCACAAGAUCCUGCAGGCGCUACAGGGCCCGAAGACCAAGGUCACCGAGGCGCUGGUGGCGGAGCUGCUGGGUCAGGCCUCUGGGGACGCCUCGGCCUUCAGCCAGAAGCUCCUCAACGUGCCCAUCCUGGGCUCCCUGGCCUCCUGCAGCCUGUCCUUCGCCACCGUCUACCGGAUGCUCCGCACCUCCCUGGACGUGGCUGUCAGUGAUGCCCAGAGCGUGCUGGUUCAGGCCUCCCUCGACAGCCCCGACCGCAGGCUCCCGGAUGGAUCGGAUCAGUGGUCCGAGCCCGGCGCCUAGGCCAGCCAGAGGUGGCAGCGAGGGGCUGGGAGCCUGCAGGCUCUGCCUGUGCCCAGGCUGGGGGGUGUUGGGGAAGGGGAAGGAAGAAACUCCAGCUCCAACUGUCCUGGACUGAGCUGUGUGCUGUCUCAUGCUUUUGCGCCCUGGGUCUUGUGCCCUGUCUGACCAUGGCCCCCACUUUCCCUCUUCCAAUGAACCCCGCAUCAACCAGCAGUCCCCUGGGAAUCGCGGGGAGGGGACAGACACGGGCAUGCUAAGUUGUGACAAGGCAGGGAAAAAACCAGUUGCCUGGCAGGGGAGGGCAGUCAGGAGGGUGUCCACCACGCAGGUCGGGGGGGCAGGAUGAGACAAAAGAUUCAGAAGCAUUUCUGUAAGAGGGCAGUGAACAGUUCUCAGUAAUCUUGGGGGUCACAAAGGGAGGUCCUGCCUAAGGUCUUGGGCAGUGUGUGGCAAUGCCAGAGCCUGCCCUGGGCCUCGUACCCCUUAGACUUCCGGCCAGACCUGCUGUGAGUCUGCGUCUUCCAGCCAGACUUGCUGAGUCUGCAGACUCCCCACUUUCGGCCAGACCUGCUCCGAGGCCAGAGGUUUGCUUUCUUCCCUGUCCCUGCACCUUCUUCAGGCUUCCCAGGUGGCUCAGACGGUAAAGAAUCUGCCUGCAAUGCAGGAGAUCUGGGUCUGAUCCCUGGGUUGGUGGGGGGCGGGGAAGAUUCCCUGAAGAAGGAAGGGCAUGGCAAUCCACUCCAGUAUUCUUGCCUGGAGAAUUCCAUGGACAGAGGAGCCUGGCAGGCUACAGUCCAUGGGGCCGCAGAGAGUCAGACAAGACUGUGCAACUAUAGCUUCAAUUCACCCUCUUCAGUUGUACCUUUUUCUCCAAAGACCAGUCCCCCUGGGGUUGCCACCAGGACGGUAUACAGGAUAUGCCCAAGGGCAAGAAGCCAGGGAGACCAAAGUGCCAUGGGGGGUGGAUUGGGCAGACCAGCUCAAGCUGCUUAGACUGGAACCAAGUGCUACUGAAGGGUGGAGCGGCAUCGCUGGAGGGUCAGGACUAGUGUGGGAUUAGGGUGUGGUGACCAGACCAAUUCCGAGUAUUUUGGGAA